CAGUUACUCUCUAUUUGCUCUUAAGAGACCCUCGUGCUCAGACUUCUUCACGGCCACAAGAUCAAGCAAAGGUGUAGAAGGGCUUUCCCAUUUCACAUGGCCAUACACUGAGGUGUCUAAUGGCCUCCAGCUCAGGGCUGUCCAUGUGAGAAGGAAAUCUGAGAAGAGAAGGGCAGACACUUAAAGAGAGAGAAGAGUUUCCCACAGAGCAUGGCCUCUGUCAAAGAUGAUGGUGUGGAUGAAAGAACAGUGGACAUUAAUGAAGAAGACUGUGAGCGGCUCACACCAGAGGAUGUGUGUGUGAAGCUGGAGGAUCACGAAGAAAGAAUUUCAGUUUUUAAAGAGGAGGAGGAGUGCAAGAGGGUGACUGCUGCCAUUAAAACUGAGGAUUUGAAUGAUUUGUCCGUUGGUCUUGAACUUCAAAAGUAUGAAACUGAGGAUAUUUUCAAGCAAGAGGCCUGUGAAGAAUCUCCAUCCAGUUUACAGCCCUGGUCCACUAAUACGGGACAACUGGCUACACAGGAGAAUUCUGCAGAGCUGAAAUCAGAGUUAUCAGAGUCUGAAGAGAAAAUCACUGAGGGAAAUGGGAGAGAAGGAGAAGAGUCACCUGGGAGUGUUGGAAUAAAUUUACAGAAGAAUGGCAGCUUAUCUCCACCUUCAUUUGGUCAGCCCUCUCUUCAAUACAAAGCGAAAGGUAUGAAGAAAUCAGCAAGAUUAUCAGAGGACCUGACAGCAGCCUUUUGGCAGUGCAGUUCUCUCCCUGCUACUGGAGUAACACAGACAGAAGCCAUCAAAACUGAUCAACAGCAAGUGGAGAAAGAAAUCCAAAUUCACACUGGAGAAAAAACAUAUUGCUGUUUAGAAUGUGGUAAGUCUUUCCAAAGGAGAAGCAAUCUUCAGAACCACAGAAGAAUCCACACAGGAGAAAAACCUCAUUGUUGUCCAGAAUGUGGUAAGUCUUUCCAAAAGAAAAGCAAUCUUAAGAUCCAUAGAAGAAUCCACACAGGAGAAAAACCUUAUUGUUGUCCAGAAUGUGGUAAGUCCUUCUUAAGGAAAAACAGUCUUCAGAACCACAGAAGAAUCCACACAGGAGAAAAAAUUCGUUGUCCAGAUUGUGGCAAGUCAUUGUCAAAGAGAAGCAAUCUUCAGAGACACAGAAGAAUACACACUGGAGAAAAGCCUCACUGUGAAGUAGCGGCGCUGAAGCACCAAAAGCUGGUUGAUUCUGAUAGAAAUCUGAAGGAGAAACUCUGUGAGAAACAUCAGAAACGUCUGGAAUUGUUUUGUAAAACUGAUGAGAUGUGUAUCUGCAUUAUGUGUGGAAUAGCUGAGCAUGAUGGUCAUAAAACGGUUGAGCUGAAGACGGAAAGAGAAAGAAAACAGAAACAGAUGGGGGCGACACUGAGGGAAAUUAGGAGAAGACUUGAAGAGAAAGAGAAGAAACUGAAGGAGACGAGGGAGACAGCGGAGGAGAUGAAGCUUUCUGUGGAAAGAGUGAUGAGGGAACACGAGAAGAGCUUCACUGAUCUGAUUCACUGCAUUGAGGAAGCCCGCAAGAUAUUGACAGAGAGGAUCACAGAACAAGAAAAGAGAGAAAUGGAGAAGGCUGAUGGAGUCAUGGAGCAACUGGAGAAGGAGAUUGAGGAGCUGAAGAGGAGAGAAGCUGAGCUGAAGGAGCUUUCAAAAACCAAGGACCAUCUCCACUUCCUACAGACUUUCUCACCUUGCUGUACCCUUCCUGCUGAUGGAGACUCGCUCAGCUUUACUGUCAUGGCUGAGUUUUCUUCUGAGGACCUGCUAAAGGAGCUGUCAGGUCUGAAAAAGAGUCUGGAAAAGAUCUUCCAGCAGGACAUCCUGACAAGGACUCCACCAGGUCCUGAAGCUCCAAAUUUCACCCUACAGCCUCCUGGACCUCAGAGCAGAGAGGAGUUUUUACAAUACUUCUGUCCCCUCACACUGGACAUCAACACGGCACACAGAGACCUCCAUCUGUCUGAAGAGAACAAGAAGGUGACAUAUGAGGGGACAGAGACUGAAUAUCCUGAUCAUCCUAACAGAUUUGACUACUGGUGCCAAGUUCUGUGCAGAGAGGAUCUGACUGGGACUCGCUGUUACUGGGAGGUGGAGGGCAGUGGACUCUUCAUUAAGAUUGGAGUCGCAUAUAAAGGACUGAGCAGGAAAGGAGGGGGCAAUGAGUGCCGCCUUGGAUACAACGACAAGUCCUGGAGUUUGCAGAGGUCUGUUUUCCAGUGCUCUGUGCGUCACAAUAACAAGACGACUGUAAUCAGCGCCCCCUGCAGCACCAGAAUAGGUGUGUAUCUGGACUGCCCCGCUGGCUCUCUGUCAUUUUAUAGCGUCUCACACACAAUGACCCUCCUGCACAGGUUCAACACCACCUUCACUGAGCCCCUCUAUCCAGGUUUUAGUGUUGGUCUUCACUCCAGUUUAACAAUCAGCCAUCUGACACCAUGUGACCACUGACCAGUACCCUCUACCAGUUACUUGAUGUCUCCACAAGCGCAGGUCCUCUUUGAGUUUGUAGUUUAGGGUGAAAUUAAUUUUACAGGAUGGGUGGGUUGGAAGGGGCGGUACCUCUGUGAUUGAAUUUGUGGAUAAGAAUGCAGAUAGGGGGGGGUCUCCAUUAUUAUUGGGUUUGAGUAGCCAAUCAGGUGUGUGUGUCAUAGUGAGGGGCGGAGACACCUCAGACCUACAAAUACGAGUCUGACCAGCAGGGGUUACUGUUGAUUCACAGCCACAUGUCCUUCAGGCUGACACCCCAACAACUACUGAGGUCCCCAAGUGUCACUGAAUGUUACCUGUUAAGUAGGACAGGCAUGUGGUCCUGCUGGAUCAGCACAACUGAAAGGUGCUAUACAGACUCAGUCACUAUUCAAGAGCUCUCCAUACUAUGUCUAGGAGCAGAGAGUGACAGAUGGGACUGGAGUGUUGUCCACUCACCAGACAUGUUGUGACCCUCCAUUGGUCACUCAAAGGGUCCUUCACUUCAGAAUGAAUUCACUGUGAAUGUCUGAAGAUGAGGACUCACCGGUCAGUCAGAUGUCGGCCAUACUGACAGAGUUUGGUGUUUAAGUUGAUGUCACAUUAAACUUUAAACUGCACCUCCUCGUUGUCCCCAGAUUUGUCACUCUUGGUACCCUGAAAGCUCCAACAUCUUCACAAAAUGAAUUCUUGGUCAGUUGGCACACACUUGACAUGGGUGCACAUGUGUGGCUUUGCAGUGGACUGGCACCCCGUCCAGGGUUGGCCCACCUUGUCCACAAA